AUGUCAUGUUUGAAGUAAGUUUUUUUGAUAAUGAGGAAGCAACUAUUUUGAAGUAUUAGAAUUCCAGCUCACCACAAAGUCUUGUGAAUUUCAAAACUGCUCCCAAUGUGGUUAAAAAACAAUUAUUUGAUGUGAGUUCUUUCCCUGAAAAUCGAAAAUCUGAAAAAAUCUCAUUUUUUAUUGCAGGCUGCUUUAUUUCGUGAUCUUGAUGUUCAACCAUCACUCAACACACAUGAACGUUUACGGAUAAUCGAAUUAACCAGGUUUGUCCUUAUUUUUUUGAAACGUGGAAAAUUGUUUUUCUUUCAGUCUGAAUUUCAAUGAGUUUUAUUGUGGUGGCGAUCCAAGAUUUUGUCCUGAAAAAUCGAUUUUAUAUAAAGUGAGUUUUUGGGGCUGGAUGAAACUUAUUAGUUAGAAUUAGAGUUAUUAAAUCGAGUUGGCUUCUUUUCGUUUUUUCCAGCGUUGUUUUGAAAACAUUUAAAAUAGCAUUCCAAAAUUGUGAUUUGCCUCCGAAAAACGCAGAGAUUUUUAUGAAUCAUCGUGAAUCAUCACUGAGUCAAGUAAUACGUAGUUCCAAAAAAUGUGACUAUUUAGCACGUCAUUACUUUUUUCUAUGUAUAAAUGUUUGACGAUGAUUAACAGGUGAAAAAUGACCGUAAAUAAACCGGGGAAUUUCAAAAUUAAUAAAAAAAAACUACAGGGUAAUCGAUUACUGGAAAAAUACAUGGAUGAUAUGCUGGAAAUUCAAAAAACCCACGACGUCGAAUCAGUUCAAGUGCGAAUUUUCUACUGUGCCUUAAAACUUGGUCAUAUUUGCCUAUUAGGACAGGAUUGGGGUCGAUCAUUGUCAGCAUAUCAACGAGCGUUUUGUACGAAUCAAGAUUUAUUUUGGAAGGAGCCAGCCAAUUAUUUUGGACUUGGUUUGGUUUAUUUUCAUUACAAGGAAUAUAAAUUGUAAGUGAAACCUGGAUUUGAAGGAUUACGUUCAAUAAAUGUGCGAAUUUCAGGGCAGCUGAAGCAUUCUCAAAAUUAUUAUACUCAUUUCCUUGUGGAUCACACGCCCUUGACGCCAAAGCAAGAUUAGCUGUUUGCUUUCAUAAUAUUGAUGAUCUACCAAAUUCACUGAAAUUCUAUGAACAAGCACUGAUGGAUAUUACUGAAACACCAUUUAUGAAUAAAUUGACGUUGAGAUUCAACAUUGCAUUGAGUUAUGAGAACAACAAUGCGUUGAUCAAAGCUGAACUUGAAUAUAAAAAAGUGUUGGCAGAUUUGGAGAAAACUGUAAAAGAUCAAGGUGGACAACCAACGCCGGAUCAAGUCAAGCUUCAAGCUGCGAUUCAUCGUCAACUUGGUUGGAUUGAAUAUCGUAGAAGUUAUGUAGACGAAAAUGAGAAAGCUAAACAUUUGGAAGCGGCUGAAAAAUACUUGAGUCAAUCACAACAAAUUGAGAGUACUGAUGGAAGAAGUUAUUAUUAUCUUGGAAGAUGUCAUGGAGAAGUUGAUGCUAAUGUGAGUGAAACCAUAGAGAAAAAGGGUCAUAUAAAUUGUUUUCUUAGAAAACUAGUAAACAUGUAAUAGGAAUCAUUUAAAACGAAAAUUUUGAAAAUGUUUUCUAGAUUAAAUGAAAGGAAAAUCUGAUCUCAAAUAGGAAAAAGUUACUACUUUGAAGCUCCCAUCUUUAUUUCAACAUGCGUUCUCAAAACAAAAGCGCUUUUACACUUUUCAUAUUUUGAAAAUAAUCGAAAAUUUUUCUGAUCAAUAUCAACAAAUUUUUCAAAUAAACAAUGCUGAAAAAUAAUUAUAGGCUAACUGAAAUUAGAAUGAUUUUUUUAAUCAUGUUGAAUGAUUUUUCAAGAUAUUGUAAGCUUGGAAAUCAAUGUGCCCCUGUCAAAAACACUAUCUGAAAUUAUUUUUCCCCAAACUUGUAUCAAAAACUCACUUUCACUAUUUUUCAGGCUCAUGAAGCAUUUGUCAACUAUCGUCAAUCAAUCGACAAAAGUGAAGCGAAUGCUGACACUUGGUGCUCAAUUGGUGCAUUAUACCAAAAACAAACUCAGCCAAUGGAUGCCCUACAGGUAAGAAAAAUGAGAAGAACAAGAAAAUGAACGUCGUUCUUUUUUUUAAUAUCAAACAAAAAGAUAGAAAGUGUAUAGUGAGGAAAAAAAGAAAUGAUUGAUAUCUUUCAAAAGAGCAACAACGGAAAAAAUCAAUCAGCCCCCACCAAAAAAACUGUAUAUACAUUGUGUAAUUCUCCAUUAUUGCAAAAAAUGAGAAAGCCACAAAAAAAUAACGUAAUGUUUGUUUUUGCCCCCCAUCAAAUUAUUCAAUGUGAAUGUUAAUGAUUUUUUGUUGAGAAAAUUUCACGAAAAAAUAAUUUUUGGAUAAUUUCAAUAGGAAAAUCGCGAAAAUAAAAGUUUUUUAGACAAUAUAGAGAAUUUUUCUGGAAAAAAACUUUUAAAGAAUUGUGAGGCGAAUUUUAGAGCUUCAACAUUCUGAAAAUCAAACUGGCUCAAGAAACACAAGUAUUUUUUCUAAAAAACCUCGCGUCAAAAAAAAAUCAUAAAAAUAUUCAGGCUUUCAUUUGUGCUGUCGAAUUGGAUCCCGAACAUUCAGCCGCUUGGACAGAUCUUGGAGAGCUCUACGAAAAAAAUGCACAAUUUCACGAUGCUCUAGAAUGUUAUAAAAAAGCUGUGAAAUAUAAUCCAAGUGAGUUCAAAAAUUAUGAAAACCCUCAAAGCUGACUAGAAAUUAUAUAUUACUCAUAAUCAUAAUCUGUUUGCACUUUUCUUUUUAGCUUCUCACAUGUAUGAAUAAUAUUUUAAUGAUUAGCUUGAUUAACUUCCUUCUCCUCAUUCUCUUUUUCUUUUUCUUUUCUUCUUCAUUUUUCAUAUUAUUUUUGGGGCUUAUCAUUUUUCAACCAAAAAUCAACUCUUUUUCUUUUCCAUUUAGUCUUCUUCUUCUUCUUAUUUUGUCACGUUUGUUUUUCGCCAAAAAUGAGUCAGAAUUGGGCCAGUUUUUAAGACUAGUUUUGUCACUUGGUGGUCUAGACAACAUUUGACAUUGUAUCUUACUUUUUUCUUGGGAAUUUUGGACUUUAAUUAAGUUGAACACGCUAGGCAUUUUUUCUUUGGCUUGAUUAAAAACGUAAAGUUAUAUUUGUUUGCUCUAGAAUAGAUCUGAGAAUGUUCAGGUUUCUUGGCAAAUUUUUCUGACAGGGAAUUGAGACAGAAUUUUAGAACUUCAACUUUGAGAGUUCAUAAAGUGUAAUUUACUACCCAAAAAAAUUCGCGCAUUUUUUGAGACCUGACACGAUUGUGGCCAAAAAGUCGACGAAAUUAACGCAAAAAAAUUAUUUUUGAUCUACCCCAAAAACUUUUGAAACAUUUGAGGUCUGGCGAUUUGGGGUAGUUAAUUACACACCGUGAGUUCGGAUCCUCUAACUUUGAACCCCUCAAUCUUCUAGCAAUUUAGCUUAAUUUCAAUUAAAAAAAAGAUGGGAUAUAUAAUUUUUUUGAAAUUGUCUUAACCCCGUGUGGUUUUUGCUGUUCUCUAAAUUGCCCCGUUCUCAUUCAUUCAUCCAGUGGUCAGUCAGCUGCGUGCCUUUUUUCAAUUUUCUUCACCUCUUCGUCUCUGGUCAUUGGCUAACUCUCUCUCACCCCUCUUCCUUCUCUAUUUUUAUUCGUAUAUGCUGGUCAGUGUCCCCCAUUCGGUUAUGUGUGUGUGCGACCGACUGGCCAAUAGUUUUUCUCUAGCAUCUCCUCAAUGCGCCCACUGUCUUGCAGGAGAAAAAAGUGGCGUCUCUUCGUUUGACGCACUAUUUUAUCGUUUUUACGCAGCAUUUUUCUUUGCCUCUAUGUUUUUUUGUGUGUAUUCUGUGCCCUACACUCGUCUCUCGCGUUUUUUUUCUUUUCAUCACGUACAUUGCGAUCAAUUUUUUUUGCUGCUUGCGCCUACGAUUAUCACUUUUACUUUUUUUGCAAAAAAAAAUCUGAAAAAUUAGCAUGCCCCCAGAAAAAAAGUUUAGCCGCUGUGCGACCAGCAGGCUGACUUAAACAAUAUUUUUCUUGCCUCAUUUUUUCUGAAGACCUUUUUUUUAGAUAAAAUGAUUCAUUUUUCCAGGUGCCCCAGAGCCGUUAAAAUCGCGUAUAAUAGUUCUUGAAAAAGAGCUAGCGCUACCUGUACCAGCACGUCCACCAACCGCAACAACAGCCACAAAUAGCACCACAGCUCCAACAAAUUCAAACAAUAAGUGAGUUUAGCUUUGAGGGAUAGUAAAAUUCCAAAAGAAAAAAAUUCUGACGAAAAAAAUAAUUUCCCCGUUUGCUUAAAGUGCAUUUGAACUUUAUGUUUUUGCAAGUCUCUUGAGAGAGAACAAAUCCAAAAAUUACAAAUUUAUAUAUAUAUUAUAUAUAUAUAUUUUGAUGUACGUGAUAAAAAUUGCAUAACGAAGGUCGUUCAAUUUUUGAUUUUACAACCAUCGCAGCCAUUUUUUUGCCUUACUUACCCGGGCAAUGCCAUCCAUCCGUUCUCGCUUAUCUUCCUUCUCACACACAGCAAAAUUUACGUUAUCAGAAUUUUUUUUCGAACGGGACGGUUUUUUUCACUUGAUAACUGAUUUUUUACCGCACAAAUUGAGAUAGGAGUUAUGUGAGUCAUUUUUUGAUUGAAUCAAAAAUUAUUUCCCAGGCUCCCAUUUUAUCAGAAUUUCGUAUGAGUAGGGAUUUUAUAUUUUCAACAAUGAAGUGCCACAAAAAUAUCUAGAAACACUAUCCCAAAAAUAUCAAAACCGGCUACGAUUUACCCCAUUUCUUUUAAAACAAGUAGAACAAUCUAGAUGGCCUUGAUCAACUUUUUUGUUUUUCAAUUUUUCAAAACUACAAACAAAAAAAUAUAUAAAUAUUUUUGCAGACCAUUACCACCACUAAAAGAAGCCUGGACUCAACCGAUACCAUCUGAGCUUCGUCAACGACAGGACGAAUUUUGUAGGGUGAGAUAAUUUAUUGGAGUUUUUUAUUCCUCUUUGUCGGCUCGUUCUUUUUUGAAUACACAAAAGGCGUGUCUUCCCUUAAUGAAUCAUAGUGUUCGCGUUCUUCUUUUGAAAAUAGAAAUGUGUACGCAACGCGCUUUAACUAUGCAAUUUCAAGGUUAGAUUAGUUGUUGCGUAAAAACAUUUCGUGUUUUGAAUAAAAAAGUGAGAGAGAAAACUUUUUCGAAAGUGAUCAAUCUUGCAACACUAGGUCAGUCGUUUUUUGUCUGCCCAAAUGUACAAUAAAAUCAGGGCGACGAAAAAUGAAAAUUAGCGAAUCGUUUUGAUUUGAUUUGAUGUCUGUGUGGGUGUAAGAAUUAUUUUGUUGUUAUCAUAAUAAUAAUAAUUUUUUUAUAAAUAGCAUGUUUUUGCGAUAGCCAAGAAUGUGCACUUUUAGUUUUUUCAUGUUCAAAUCAAAAUAGAGAUUUUUCAGGUAAAAGAGCAAAAAUAUCGAGACGGUAGUGCAAUUUGGAGGAUGGGUGAUUUGGCGGCGCCAGUUGGAGAACAGGAAAAAGUGGUGCUCCAACCACUCACUGAUUUACAAUUUCAAGUUUAUCAAUUAUUAGAUGCCAACAAAGGAUAUAUUGAAGGAGAGGAGAAGGAAGUCUAUGAGCAACUUGAAACAAAAGCAAGAAUGUUUCAAAGAAACAUCAAUGACAAUCUAGUUUGCCCCAAAACAUCUCCAUGGCCACAAGUUACAGAAGCUGAUGUCAUUUCAUUACGGGAGAAGAAAAAGUUAACAGCACAUCUGGAUGUUGUGAAAAAAGAGGAGACUGAAGAAGAUAUCAAAUUAUUCGCCAAACCUCUUUCGGAUCUACCAUCAAGUUUUAGUUUACUUGCUCCAAUUAAUGUUCCUUAUGAUGUUACUUCGCAGGAAAUUUUAACUAUGUCUGCGAAAAGAAUAGCAAAAACUGCAGAUUAUAAGCCAGUUUUUGAUGAGGAUGUUCCUGCUCCAAAUCCACCACUUCCCCCAGAAGUUGAUGAAGAAGUUUUGGUAAGUUUAACAAACCUAUGAAUUUUCAAAAAAACGUUUUGUUUCAGCGUGAUCGUUCAAAACUUUUACGCCCAACUGCUCUACUAAAUGUUGAAUCGAGAAAUGAUGCACAAUCUUUGGAACUUCAACGAUAUCUAGAGAAUGCUCCAAUUGCUCUUAUUCGCAAUUUGACUUCUGUACUAAAGAUGGAUUUAUCUCUGUUUUCUACAAAGACACUUCUCGAAAAUGCCGGUUCUGAUGAGAUGGAAGUUCGAACACAAUAUCGUAUGCCAUCCGAUGUUAAUGUUGAUCAUUCCGGACAUCCAACUUGGGAAUGUAAAAGUACACCAACAUUUACUACGAUUGCAAAAUAUGCACAAUAUCAAGCUGAAACUUUCCAACAUUCACUGAAAGGUAUGUUUUGAAACAAGUUCUUCUAAAACAAAAUUAUUUUGUUGCAGAAGAAGCUGAAAAACUGCGACAGGCUGGAUCGAAAUAUGCGCAGCAAAUGACUGAUGGACAUGGUGGAAAACGGAAGAAAAUUUCGGAAAAGGACGAGCAACGCGUUUCAAUGAAAACCAUCAAAUUCGGCACAAAUGUUGAUCUUUCGGAUGAAACAAAAUGGAAAGCACAAAUCCAGGAAAUUUCCAAAAUGCCACCUUUUUGUCGAAUAAUUGCUGGUGGAAAUAUGCUUUCUCAUCUUGGUCAUCAAAUCCUUGGAAUGAAUACGGUUCAAUUAUAUAUGAAGGUGCCUGGAUCAAGAACUCCAGCCCAUCAAGAGAACAAUUCAUUCGCCUCGAUCAAUAUUAAUAUUGGGCCUGGAGAUUGCGAAUGGUUCGGUUGUCCGUAUGAAUAUUGGGGAGUUGUUGAAGCUCUUUGUAGAAAGUGAGUUUUUUAUGAUUCGAGUUUUGAAGAGACAAAAAUUCAACACCUAACUUUCUAUUAAAUUCAUUGAUAUAAACAUUUUUUUCAGAAAUGGUGUGAACUUCCUCACCGGAUCUUAUUGGCCAAACAUCGAAGAAUUACUCGAUGCAAAUGUUCCAGUGUAUCGUUUCACACAAAAAGCCGGUGAUAUGGUUUGGGUUGGUGGUGGAUGUGUGCAUUGGGUGCAGGCUACCGGUUGGUGCAAUAAUAUCGCCUGGAAUGUUGCUCCAUUGAAUUAUUCACAAUUGUCAAUGGCGAUCAGAAGUUAUGAAUGGAACAAGUUGAGCGAGUAUAAAUCUUUGGUACCGAUGCAACAUCUUGCUUGGCAACUUGCGAAAAAUGUGCUUUUCACAAAUCAAGCACUUUAUGCAUUGGUUCGAGGUAUAUUGAUUAGAUCGCUAUCAUUCUCACAAAUUGUUGCCGAUUUUGCGAUUGCAAAUGGGAAACAAUUGAGACAACAUCCACGAACCAAGGAUGAAGUUGCACAUUAUUGCUCCGGAUGCUCCGUAAGUUGUUUUAAAAUAUUAAUUUUCUAAUUAUGAAACUGUUUUUCAAAUCAAUCAAUAAAAUAUUAUAUUUCAGAUCGAAGUCUUCAACAUUUUAUUCGUCAAAGAACGCAAUAGCAAAUUCACAGUAUACUGUGUAUAUUGUGCUAAAAAGUAAGUUUUUCAUUUCUCAACUCGUUUGCAAAAUCAAACCUAUCAUUUUUUGCAGAGGCGGAUUGGAAGAUGUUCUUGUGCUUCAACAAUAUUUGAUGCCAGAGCUCACCGAGAUUUUCGAUGGAAUGGUUUUGAAUCCAGCACUCAAAAACUCAUUGGCUCAAUAA